ACUAAUUCUUUUUCAUGUUACCUCUGUCACCCAACACUGCUUACUCAUCAUCACUUUCCUCCCUCCCCUAAUACCCUAAACCACUCUCUCUCUCUUUCUUUUCUUUUCUUCCUCUCUGUGCAAAAAAAGCCGCCAUGAAAGUACCUGAAAACGAGAGUACUCCUGAAAACGAUCCCAUUGAACCCACUAAUCCCAUUAUUCACUCUAAUUCCCAGCUCCUUCAAUCUCUUCUCGAUUCCAUUCCCCACACUCAAAGCUUUAAAGGAAAAUGGUCUUUAAUCAGAACCAAACUCUCCACACUUCAAUCUCACCUCUCAGACCUUUUCGCUGCUUCCAUUAACGCUUCCAAUAAUCCUCUUUACAACGACCUCCUUCUCUCUCUCUCCACCACUCUCUCCGACGCGCUUUCUCUCUCCUCCAUUUGCCAUUCCGCUAACCCACCUGACGGCAAACUCAAAACCCAGAAUGACAUCGACUCAGUUUCAGCGAAACUCGAUAACCAUGUUAGGGAUUUAGAGGUUCUAAUUAAGAGUGGGGUCCUCCAUGAAAACGGUACCGUUUCGUCAACAACAACCUCAAAGCGGGAGAGUAUUCGGGCCGAAUCGAGGAAUCUGAUAACUCGGCUUCAGAUCGGGACCACUGAGUCGAAAAACUCGGUGUUAGACUCGUUGCUUGGGCUUUUACAAGAAGACGACAAAAAUGUAUUAAUUGCAGUAGCUCAGGGAAUCGUUCCGGUGCUCGUGCGCUUACUCGAUUCCAGCUCUUCACCUGAGAUCAAGGAGAAAACAGUCACUGCCAUAGCUAAAAUCUCCACCGUUGAUUCCAGCAAACAUGUUUUGAUCGCUGAAGGCUUAGGCCUUCUGAAUAAUCUCCUCAGAGUUCUCGAAUCUGGUAGCGUGUUAGGGAAAGAAAAUUCAUGCGUAGCUUUACAAGCAUUGGGCCAUACAAAGGAGAAUGCAAGGGCAAUUGGGUCAAGAGGAGGAAUUUCAUCUUUAUUAGAAAUUUGUCAAACAGGAACACCCAAUUCUCAAGCUAUGGCAGCUUCCGUGCUUAAAAACUUAGCCGUUUUCCCAGAAAUUAAAGAGAAUUUCAUGGAAGAAAACGCUAUAAUGAUACUUUUAAGGUUAUCCACUUCUGGUACAGCAUUAGCCCAAGAAAAUGCAAUUUCGUGUUUGUGUAAUUUGAUUUCAAGAGACAACAACAUGAAACUCUUAGUGGCUAGGGAAGGUGGAAUUGAAAGCAUAAAAAAUUUCUGGGAUUCAGCUCCUUCAGUUCAAAGUCUAGAGGCCCCUGUUCUUAUGUUGAGAACUUUAGCUACGUGUCCAUCAGUAGCUGACGUUAUUGUGGAAAAUGAAUUUUUACCUCGGAUUGUUGGGGUUCUGAAUUGUGGGGUAUUAGGUGUGAGAAUUGCUGCAGCUAAAGCAAUUUACGAUUUGGGAUACAGUACUAAAACCCGAAAAGAACUAGGCGAAAUCGGGUGUAUUUCUCUGUUAGUGAGAAUGAUCGAAGGUAAAGCUGUAGAAGAGAGAGAAGCAGCAGCAAGAGCAUUGACGAAUUUAAUGGUAUAUGCUGGAAAUAGGAAGAUUUUUAGGAAGGAAGAAAGAGGUAUUGUGAAUGCAGUUCAGCUAUUAGAUCCAUUGGUACAAAAUUUAGACAAAAGGUAUCCUGUUUCAUUAUUGGCUUCGCUUGUGUAUUCCAAGAAAUGCCGCAAACAAAUGGUGGAUUCAGGGGCUUGUGUGCAUUUGCAGAAGUUAGCUGAAAUGGAGAUUGAUGGUGCAAAAAAGCUCUUGGAUUGUCUUGGUAGAGGCAAAUUAUGGGGAGUUUUUACCAGACAUUGAGCAACAGUAAAUCACAAGGGAAGCAAUUGCAAUCAAUCUGUAUGUAUAAUAAAGUUGAGUUUUUUUUAAUCUAAAUUAAAUUUACGAUUUGUAAUUUUAAAGGGUUUUUCUUUUUUCUUGAUUAUGUUCAUAUAGAUUGUGGUUAUUAUAAGUUAGUGGUAGAAAAAAGUAAAUGUUGGUUAGUAGACUAGAUGUAAUAUCUUUGGUUUGUUGACCUAACUUGAUAGGUGUUUUCUUGUUUUUCUACCCAAAAAUCGAAUAAAUUAAGUGAAGAUGUCUUCUCUUUGAGUUUAUGCUUCGUUGUAACAUUUAUUGAGAAUUUGUUGCCUUUAUGAGAAGCUGUUGUGCCAUGA